UUAUUAUCUUUCAUUUCAUUUGUGACAUAAAAAUACAAUAGUACAUCCACUUGCCCCUUUCUUCACUCCAUUAUAUGUAAUAUUUUCUUUCAUCUUCCUAGAAAAAAAAAAAAAAGAAACCCACUUCUCCAUUUUCCAUGGAUAAAAUGCUUAGUGUACAUUCAAAAAAGGCAAACAAACAACCCAAAAACACAAAGAAAAAAACAGUUAAAGUUGUUUACAUAUCAAAUCCAAUGAAAGUGAACACAAGUGCUGCUGAAUUCAGAGCUUUAGUCCAACAACUCACUGGUCAACAUGCGAACUGCCCGGUAAUCGAAACUGUCAGUAGUAGUACUGGUGGCACGGUCCUGGAGAAGAAAAAAGAAUGUGACAAAAAGGAUAUGCAACAAGAUUCUGAUCGAGUAACACUGAAUAAUAAUAAUUAUGUCAUGAAUAAUGAAGCGACGAUGACCGAUAAUAAUUCGGAUCUAUCGUUUGAAGAUUAUGUUGGAGAAGAUUAUGUUCCAGAGUUGUUGGAGAACUUGUCAUCAAAUGUGUGGUAUGACUAAAUUAAGUCAUCACUUAAAUUUUAUUUUUAUGAAAAAAAGUUAGGGUCUUGAAGGGAAUGUAAAUUAGAAAAUAGCUAUAUAGCUAGUUAAUGAUUGGGCUAUAUUAUAUGCCUUUAUAUUAUUAAUUAAUUUGUAAUUUUUGUCAUCAUAUUAUACUACUUCAAUGGGUUAUACUAUGUAGUAGUUGUAAUACGAUUAGCUAGCCAUGUCCAACUUGCUUUGAUACUUUUCUAUUAUUAGUGGCUAGUGUUGCAACUUGGAGAUAAAAAUAAAAUAAAAUUGAUUUGGUAGUU